CACACACACACACACACACACACACACACACACACACACACACACACACACACACACACACACACACACACACACACACUCUCACACACACACUCUCACACACACUCUCACACACACAUCAAGCUAUCUGAUAUGUUUUGGGACUUUGUCCUCGGCUGAUCUUUAAUCCUAACUAUUGACUUUCUCUCGUAUUGUUUCCUGUUUGUCAGGACUCCUGCGGUCUGAGCUCAAAGUCAGCGUUAAUGGUUUUCUCUCACGUUAGUGACCAGUCUAAAGAUCGUCCUCUAAACUUCAGUAAUGAACCAGGACCCUCAGAUCAGAAGAUGAGUGAUCGAGGAGACAAAGAGGAGGACAGAGCAGAGUCUCCUCUGUCCAGCUGUCUCUCUAUGAAGAGUGACCGGUCUAAAGGUUUUCCUCCAAACUUCAGUAAUGAACCAGGACCCUCAGAUCCACAAAUAACAAAGGGGUCUACUUCAUCAGGAGAGUCCUCCUUUCCCCAGUGUGGAGAACGAGGACUGCAGAUAUCCACAGAUAGAGGUCUGCAGGAGGUUACAGAUGAACUGAAGAUCAGUCUGAGGAAGAGAUGUGAACAUGUGACUGAAGGAAGUGAUGAAACAGGAAGUAGAACCCUCCUCAACAGGAUCUACACUGAGCUCUACAUCACAGAGGGACAGAGUGAAGAGGUGAACACCCAACAUGAGGUGAGACAGCUUGAGACAGACUCUAAAAAGAAGACCCUCCAUGAGACUCCAAUCAAGUGUCAGGACAUCUUUAAAGCCUUACCCGACCAACAGAACCAAAAGACAGAAGCUCAACCCGACCAACAGAACCAAAAGACAGAAGCUCAACCCGACCAACAGAACCAAAAGACAGAAGCUCAACCCGACCAACAGAAACAAAAGACAGAAGCUCAACCCGACCAACAGAACCAAAAGACAGAAGCUCAACCCGACCAACAGAAACAAAAGACAGAAGCCUUACCCGACCAACAGAACCAAAAGACAGAAGCUCAACCCGACCAACAGAAACAAAAGACAGAAGCCUUACCCGACCAACAGAACCAAAAGACAGAAGCCUUACCCGACCAACAGAACCAAAAGACAGAAGCUCAACCCGACCAACAGAACCAAAAGACAGAAGCUCAACCCGACCAACAGAACCAAAAGACAGAAGCUCAACCCGACCAACAGAAACAAAAGACAGAAGCUCAACCCGACCAACAGAACCAAAAGACAGAAGCUCAACCCGACCAACAGAAACAAAAGACAGAAGCUCAACCCGACCAACAGAAACAAAAGACAGAAGCUCAACCCGACCAACAGAAACAAAAGACAGAAGCUCAACCCGACCAACAGAAACCCAUCAGAGUGGUUCUGACAAACGGCGUCGCUGGUGUUGGAAAAACCUUCUCAGUGCAGAAGUUCACUCUGGACUGGGCAGAGGGCUCAGAGAACCAAGACCUCAGUCUGGUGAUCCUGCUUUCAUUCAGGGAGCUGAACUUGAUCAGAGAUAAAGAGUACAGUCUUCUUGAGCUGCUCCGUGUUUUCCAUCCAACAUUACAGAAGGUCACAGCAGAGACGCUCGCUGUCUGUAAACUGUUGUUCAUCUUUGACGGCCUGGAUGAAAGCAGACCGUCGUUGGACUUCAAAAACAGGAAGGUUGUGUCUGAUGUCACAAAGAAAUCACCGUUAAACACACUGUUGACAAACCUCAUCAAGGGGAAUCUGCUCCCCUCAGCUCUCAUCUGGAUAACUUCUCGACCUGCAGCAGCCAAUCAGAUCCCUCCUGCAUGUGUUGACAGGGUAACAGAAGUACGAGGCUUCACUGACGCCCAGAAGGAGGAGUACUUCAGGAAGAGGUUCAGUGAUGAUGAAGAUCUGUCCAGCAGAAUCAUCUCACACAUCAAGACAUCCAGGAGCCUCCACAUCAUGUGUCUGAUCCCGGUCUUCUGCUGGAUCACUGCCACAGUUCUGGAUCACAUGAUGAGCAGAGAGCAGAGAGGAGAGCUGCCCAAGACCCUGACUGACAUGUACUCACACUUCCUGCUGGUUCAGACAAAGAGGAAGAAGAACAAGUAUGAUGAGGGACAUGAGCUGAUGGAGGCCGACGGGGAAGUUCUUCUGAAGCUGGGGAAGCUGGCAUUUGAACAUCUGGAGAAAGGAAACAUCAUGUUCUAUAAAAAAGACCUGGAGCGUUGUGGUCUGGAUGUCACAGAGGCCUCUGUGUACUCAGGAGUUUGUACAGAGAUCUUCAAAACAGAGUGUGUGAUCUUCCAGAAAACAGUCUACUGCUUUGUUCAUCUGAGCGUUCAGGAGUUCCUGGCUGCAGUCUACAGGUACCACUGUUUGACAAACAGGAAGAGAGGUGUAGUGAAGGCUUUCCUUAAAUACAUGAACAUCACUUUUCAAACUCCUGAAAGUGAUGACUCAUCCCUGGAUGUCUUCCUGAGGAGUGCCAUGGAGAAAUCCCUGGAAAGUAAAAAUGGUCACCUGGACCUGUUUGUUCGCUUCCUUCAUGGCCUCUCUCUGGAGUCCAACCAGAGACUCUUAGGAGGCCUGCUGGGUCAGAGAGACAACAGUCCAGAAAUGAUCCAGAGAGUCAUCAACAACCUGAAGGAGAUGAACAGUAAAGAUAUCUCUCCUGACAGAAGCAUCAACAUCUUCCACUGUCUGACGGAGAUGAACGACCUCUCAGUCCAUCAGGAGAUCCAAGAGUUCCUGAAGUCAGAGAACAGAUCAGAGGAACUCUCUGAGAUCCACUGCUCUGCUCUGGCCUACAUGCUGCAGAUGUCAGAGGAGGUUCUGGAUGAGUUGAACCUGAAUAAGUACAAGACAUCAAACCAGGGACGACUGAGACUGAUUCCAGCUGUGAGGAACUGCAGGAAGGCAAAGUUUUCAGACUGUGGACUGUCAGAGACUCACUGUGAAGUCGUGGCCUCAGCUCUGAAGUCCAACCCCUCCCAUCUGAGAGAGCUGGACCUGAGCUACAACGAGCUGCAGGAUUCAGGAGUGAAGCUGCUGUGUUCUGGACUGCAGAGUCCAAACUGUAGACUGGAGACUCUGAGAUUGUGGAACUGCAGUUUGUCAGAGAUCAGCUGUUCUUCUCUGGCCUCAGCUCUGAAGUCCAACCCCUCCCAUCUCAGAGAGCUGGACCUGAACUUCAACAAGCUGCAGGAUUCAGGACUGAAGCUGCUGAGUGAUUUUCUGCAGACUCCAAACUGUAGACUGAAGACUCUGAGUUUGUGUGGCUGCAGUUUGUCAGAGAUCAGCUGUUCUUCUCUGGCCUCAGCUCUGAAGUCCAACCCCUCCCAUCUCAGAUAUCUGUACCUGAGAGACAACAAUCUGCAGGAUUCAGGACUGAAGCUGCUGAGUGAUUUUCAGGAGAAUCCAGAUUACAGACUGGAGACUCUGUGGUGGUGAUGAGUCUUUAAAGAGAGGAUCCUGCUGAUCACAGAGCUGGAAGCAGCAGCUGGUGUGUUGGUGAGUCUUUAACUGGGCUGUGUUACUGGGAGACUGACGGACCAAUCACAGCGCAGAUGACUCUCAGUGCUGCAGUCUGAGCUGCUCUGAGAUCAGCUCCACCGUCACACACAGGACCAUGACCUCGGACAUUUUUCUAUUCUCAUAUUCUGAAUUUAAACUGCUUCAUGACUCAACGACCGAAGAUGAACUCUUUGAUUUGGAUAUAAAUGUUUCUGUUGCAGCGCCACCCUGUGGACAUGUGUAGUGGUGCAGGUUAUUCAUUGACUCAUAUUCACAGAUAACAGUAGAAGUUGAUUCCACCUAUGCAAGUUAAAGUGUGAAGUUGUGCUUUUAACCACGAGUCGUUGGUCGUCUGAUAAUAAAUCAGUCGUCUCUUUGUUGGAUCAAAACAAAGAGGAGGCUUCACUGAGUUUUUAAAAGAACUACAAACAGGAUGUCUGGAUCCAGGUGCAGAGUCAGCACCUGAAUAUUUGAUGUAAUAUGAGAUGAUAUAAAAAGAGCUGAAUAACAUGCAGACUCAAUCAUUGAUAUUCAUUCAUCAUGUCAGGGUAACAACGGACACGUUAUCAAACUAUCUUUAUUUUUAACUUCUGAUGUUUAUUACACUUUGAUGUUUGAACCUUCUGUUUUUAUUAUCUCAGGAUUUUAAAUAGAAAUUAAUUCAAUCUGUGGAGGGUUUUAUUUGAAUAAUAAUUCAUGUUUAGGUUCUGUUGCUGCUAUCACUGCUUUCUGCCAGCAGGUGUCACUGUUUCCACAGUUUUCUCCCAGACUGAUCGAUCUGAAGACAUUAUUUCUGUGUCAGGAAACACAAAGAAAGAUAGAUGAUGCCAGCUCUUUUAUUUGUUCUUAUGUUUUUAUAUUUCAUCUUCAAGUUUAAUGUCUCUUUUUGUAAUCACUGCCCCCUAGUGGACAGGAGUGUGGAGCGAUUCAAAGGCAGAAAAAGAAUCUUUGACUGGACUUCUGUAAUGAAGUGAAGUGUGAAGGAAGUUGAGCUUUCUUUGAGUCUCUCUGUAGUUUGUAACUGAAUACUUGGACUCUUCUUCACUUUAGAGGGAACAUGUUCUCCUCCACAUUUCUUCCUCGUCUGAUCUAAUUAACCCCGUGUUUUAAGAUGGGCUGGUGUUUCUGCUCUUGGUGUAAACCCAGACACAGUGAUCUUUCUGUCAUGUUGUUCAUGUGUGUUACUCUUGAUAAUUCACUCAAAUAAUGUCUUUAUAUUCUACAAGUGAUUUACUUUUUAAAUAACUGACACCAUGUCAACACAAAGUUUCACUGCUUCCAAUCCGCCUCUUAUACGACGGCCAUGUUGCAUUAAAUAACAUCAACCACUUCUGUUUAUUAAAUAUCACAGUGGGGAUUUUAUUAAGGCUGUACAUUAAUCUUCUUUGAAAUUAAACUUCAUUUGACUCAAA